UCAGUCAGCUAUUAAACCGAAAGCAAUUUUAGCUUUGACAUUAGUUCUACUUGUGCUUCUCAAGCGUUCGCAAUCCGCAAUGAAAGUAUUCGUAUGUCUUCUAGCGCUGGCCGCCACUCUGGCAACCGCCAAUGCAGGACUCUUGGGUCUACUCAAGGGCGGUGGUGGCGGUGGCUAUGGCGGCGGAUACGGUGGUGGCUACGGCGGGGGAUACGGAAGUGGUGGCGGCGGUGGAGUCCAGGUCGUCAAAGUGAUCAACACCUAUGAGGGAGGACAUGGAGGCGGCUAUGGAGGCGGCUACGGAGGCGGAUACGGUGGUGGCUAUGGCGGCGGCAGCCACGGUGGCGGCUGGAACUCCGGCAGCUACGGAGGUGGUUACGGGGGUGGCUACGGAGGUGGCUACGGAGGUGGUUACGGUGGUGGCCAUGGAAGCGGCAGCCACGUGGACGUCUACAAAGUGAUCACGACCACCACGCAUGGAGGAGGAAGCUACGGUGGUGGCUACGGAGGUGGCUACGGAGGUGGCUACGGAGGUGGUUACGGUGGUGGAUAUGGUGGUAGCUACGGAGGUGGCUACGGUGGCCAGUCCGGCUGGUGGAAAAAGAAGUAAACACCAAACCCCAUAUAUGCCCUACUUCGCAGAACUACUCUCCAUUUAUCUGCAAUCCGGAUAUAAACUCGUUUACGUACCUGAAAAAUCUUCCAUAGCUAAUCAGCACGAAUCUCUUUAAUGCCAGUUAUUCCCAAAUUAGCGAAACUAGUUUGGGAUGAUCGGCAGACUGCUUGGCGAACACAUAAAUAAAAGCAAAAGUGAAUUUUAUUUAAAUUAAA